AAUUGAUGGAUAUAAUUUGAAAACACGCUGGUCAAUGCAAACCUUUAUCAGAGUACUAAAUUGAUGGAUAUAUACUCUGAUAAAUACGCUGGUCAAACCUUUAUCGGAGUGCUAAAUUGAUGGAUAUAAUUUGAAAAGACGCUAGUAAAGCCUUUAUCGGAGUGGAGAACUUUGUAUCUUGACAUUUCAAACUUUAUAACAUGUGUCUAAAAGGAAGGGCGCUGACACCUGAACAGAGGGAGGCGUUAUAUAGAAUAUAUAACAAAUCAAGCCAAAAUGCAACGAACCGUACCAUAUCGGAAAAUCCAUCUUUCCAAGACAUCGAACAAGAUGCGAUAAAUGCUAUGGGAACGACGUAUUUUGACACAUCCACAAGUAUAGCCGUCACGAUAUUAUUUGCGUUGCUUAUCAUAUUCGGUACAGCAUUGAACGGAUUUGUAGUAAGUAUCGUUAUUAGGAAUAAAAAACUACACAGCCAGGUGAACGCAUUUAUCGUGAACUUAGCAAUAUCCGAUAUGGUUAUGUGCCUCGUGUGUGUUCCAUUCUCAUUAGUUAGGCUUACCUUGAAGGACUGGGUGUUUGGAGAGGCGUUAUGUAAAGUGAUUCCUACACUACAAUGUAUAAUUGUAUUUGCUUCAACUAUAUCAAUCACGUCCAUUGCCUUGGAUAGAUUCUAUGUAAUUGUUAGAAACAGGACUCAUAAACAAAGACAGAAAUGCCGGUUCAACACAAAAGCGCUUUUAAUCACGAUUUGGCUCGUAUCGAUCACAGUUUCACUACCUAUAAUGAUCUAUCAAAAUGAAGUAAACCAUAUUAUUCUAGAAGGGAUUGAAAUGAAGUCUCGGUAUGUUUGUAUUGAAACAUGGCCUAAUGACUCCUACAAAGUAGUAUACUGUGUAGUGGUCCUCGUUUUGCAAUUAUUUUUACCGGCGAUUACAUUAUCUACGCUACACUGGAGGAUAUGUAGAUUCCUGAAGAGAAGGAUCAGUUCUCCUAGUGAUACAACAAUAGAUGCGUUGCCACGUUCCAUGACGUCAUCGGCGAUUAGGCGAGGCGGAACGAACACCCAGCGUCGCUACUACAAGAACGCUAGACUUCUCGUGACAAUAAUUGUGAUGUUUGCUUUAGUUUGGUUCCCCAUGACCUUCCUCAAUUUGUUAGUUGACUUCAAGCAGGAACUUUUCUUCUACAAUAAGACAUUCAGUUUGUCAUACGCCAUAGUUUUAUGGGUUGCUAUGGUCUCAGCGUGUAUCAACCCAUUGCUCUAUGGAUGGUUUAAUAGCAAUUUUAGGACUGAAUUUCUGACUUCAC